AUGAACGCGGAGAACAACGCCGCUGCGACGUCUGCGUCAGGAGUCCCCAGUAUUUUCAGCCUCUACCAAGAAGGACUCGGACCCGACCAGGUACUGCAACUCUGUUUCGUGCGACAACGCGGGCCGCAACCACGUCGGCAUGACCGCUCUCUAAUCGAGCAUGAGUUUGUGCUACCACGAGUGGAGCUUAAGAUCGCGAGUCUUUUGCCUCCAAUUGAUAUUGCGUUAGAGAACCUCGUAGACGUGUCGUCUCCAUCGCCGCAGAUGUGCAGUAACACGAACGGAACAGGUACGCCUCUACCAGCUACCGCACUAGAGCAAGUGCGUGCGAGCGCAAGAAGUCACUUCUUCGACCCGCGACAGGCGUCGCUACAAGACGUGGAUCAGUGGGCCGCUUUGACGACGAGUGACUGGAUCUAUGUAUGCCAGAGUCUACAACAACCCGAGCAGAAACUGGAUCAGGACAACGAAAUGAUUGGCGUUGGAGCUACAAAGGUGCCGGAUAUCGUCGACGUCUGCUGGAUGCUCGAGCACUGCCACAGUGACGCGUUCGCUGCUUUUGUCUGGGACCAUCUCUUGAUCGCGCUCUUACAGCAGUGCCUGAAGUCGUCGGACCCUUCGACGUACCAGCGUCUGUUCGCGUUGCUCGUCCGUCAUCACUCACUGGCGUCGCUCAGCCCCAAGGAUUUCCGCGCAAAGGUGCGGUCUCGCAACUUGCGGCAGGUCGACGAUUUGUUCGGUGCAAAAGCAGAACUUGCGCUCAUUGGCCAUUAUCGAAGCCAGCGCGCGUGA